GCAUCAGAGCCAGCUACAGUCAGGAGGGGAGAAGGAAGGAGAUGGCCGACUAGGAGCUAGCCUUAUCUCUGCUACUUCGUCGGCUAAAUUCCCUUUAGCGUAACACAUCUUCACACUCAAGUUGGGGAGAGGACCUUUUAGACAUUUCACCCCUCUUCCACGAUGGCAGAACAAAACAGCAACGUCAGAUAUCAGGAGCUGGUGAAUGAGGAGGAGCCAGCCCAGCCAUCCCAGGAGGGUCCUGCCCAGGACGCACCACCACCCUACAGCAGCGUCGCUGCAGCUAAUGCAGCUUUCUUUGAAUAUAAGGAAGAUGGAGGAAGAUUUCCCAACCCUCCAUCUUACAGUGUUGCCACCACUCUGCCCUCCUAUGACGAAGCUGAGAGAAGCAAAGCAGAGGCUGCCAUCCCUCUGGUCACUGGAAGAGUCACGGAGGAUGACUUUGUGGCCAGAGAUGACUUUGAAGAUGCUGAUCAGCUGCGGAUAGGAAAUGACGGCAUCUUCAUGCUCACUUUCUUCAUGGCAUUCCUCUUCAACUGGAUCGGCUUCUUCUUGUCGUUCUGCUUGACCACAUCAGCCGCCGGUCGAUACGGGGCCAUCUCCGGCUUCGGCCUGUCCCUCAUCAAAUGGGUUCUUAUUGUCAGGUUUUCUACCUACUUUCCUGGUUACUUUGAUGGACAGUACUGGUUGUGGUGGGUGUUCCUGGCCCUGGGCUUCAUGCUGUUCAUCAGAGGCUUUGUUAACUACUCCAGAGUGCGUAAAUUGGCCGAUCCCACCUAUGCCACUCUCCCCCGAACAAGGGUACUCUUCAUCUAUUAGAGGAUGGUGGAUGUGGACGAACUGGACACGACCAAUACAGGCAGCGACUCUGUGAAGAGUUUGAAAUUAAACUGAAGACACUUAACCAGAAAUCAGCCAGACGAGUUUAGAGAUGAAGACGACUCUCAAUAAAAUAUUCAGGAAUUAUAUCAACUUGUUUUAUUUUGUUUUGAAACUUUAUUAAUGGAAAAUGGUUAAUUGUAAUAGUCCCUCAGUGUACUCAUUAGUGGCGAAUGUUAAGUGCUAUUUACAUCUCAGUCUGUAUAUGUAUAAGUAAUGCCUUAUAUAAUUUGAUGGUAGCAUAUGAGCAUGCAUCUCCCCUUAAGGUAAAUUAAUAGGGAGGAGUCUCAUGUUGGUGACACUUGAAGCCAACAGGUAUUAUUGAAUACAGCACUCUGUAGACUUGCCAUAGCAUGUAACACACUUUAUAAUCCGCACUAAUCUCACUUCAUGGUUUUAUUGUGACUAUUAUAGGCUGUUUUUAGAUACCACAUACACUUAAACAGUAAGCUUUCAGUACGCUGUAAAUGCAGAUACAUUACCACAUAUUUCACUCACCUGUUGGCUUUAAGUAGUGUUGCCCUUUUUUUGUUUAACCAGAAGGGGGCAGUGUUGUUUUCUGCUUUUAAGACGAUAGAAACUGUUCAUCAAGGACACGGUCAUAAUAAAACAUACAUGCUUGUGAUUCAAAUGCAGCAUCAGUGGAGCACCGCGAAACGGCAUCCAUGUGUCAGAAGUUAUGAUUUUGCCUGUUAAAUGUUUUGUUGUACGUUAAAUCAGGUAAAAUUAUUCACCUUGGAAAAAGAGUUAAAGUUACAUAUAUGACCUUAGAUUAUGAUGAUUUAAAAACAAACAAACAAACAAGCCACAACUAAAUAACCAGAUGGCAAGGAGACAUUAAAUUUUUUUUGGACAGCAACAGCAACUGAGAGGAUUUUUCUCGGGGGCCGUAUGAGCACGUUUUCUGGUUCACAUCCUUAAAAAGCUAAUUUAGAUGUAACGGUUUGACGUUUUGCGUGACUCCUCAAUGAGUCAGUGGAGUCGACAUCACAUCCACUGUCAGUGGAAAAGCUGUGUGAUUACAGAGAGGAGUCUUUGGCUGUCUGGAUUUCAGCUGUUAAUGACCGUGCUGAAGCAUUUGGAUCACAUUAUCUUAGAGCAUAAAAAUAACUCAAAUUCCAUUUCCAAGUGGGGUUUUGCCUUAAGAUUUAAUUGACACAUGGGGAAAGGAAAUCAACUUUGUUUUUUUUUUUUUUUUGUUUUUUUUAAAGAAACUUCUUCAUGAGGUGUAAAAUGUUAAGUAUCUUGUGGGUAUUGAAACUAUAUCAAAGAAUGUUGUAUGCAGGUGCACUUUUAGAAACAUAACCGAUAAAACCCAGAGGACGUUCCCAUCAGGUCUCAGACAGCGUGUCAGGAGAAAACAGUUUUUCACGAUUUAAUCACAGUUGUUGUUAAUAGAAGGAGUUAAUACAGAUUUAAGUCUGGUCCAGUAAACUGAACUGUUUGCCUUAAACAGUUAACUUCAUACUUCUAACUACAUACCAUGGCUUUGAUACAGACCCACUCUGCUUAUUUCUAUGUGAUGUAGAGCUGCAACCUUGGGGUUUUGUUGUUAUGAAACUGUACAGGAAACGUUUAGUGUUAAAUAAAUGUCACUUUUAACGCGA